AUGUCUGAAAAUUUUAACAAAGCUGACUCCUCCUGUGACAUGCAGAAGCAUAAGGACUUCUCAGACCUUAUAAACAGAUUUGAAUUUUUGAAGGUACUUGAUACUAACCCACAGACAAAAACUUUAUCUCUAUUAGGAACUAUUGACAAUAAAAAGGCAAUUAUGACUGCUGAGAAGACCCACUUUAUCUUUGAUGAGACCCAUUUGCACAGUCAAGACCAAUCGAAGGCUUCUACAGGGAACUUAGCGAAAAAGAUCCCAAUAUUCUACCACUGCGAUGAUGAAUUUUCCUGUGUAAAUAAUAUAGAAUGCAUUCGUGAAGUUGCAUCCAAUGAUGUUUAUCAUUGGGGGCUGAUUGUCUUGAAGCAGCACAUUACAAAUAACCCAACUGCUAGGUUGAACCUUAUCUGGCCAGCUUCGCCGGUUCAUAUUAAGAAAUACGAACAAACACCCCUUCAUAUGAUUAAAGAGACACCAGAACUCUAUAACAGGAUCGUGAAGCCAUAUAUUGACGAAAUCUUCAACAGCGGGAAACUAGAUUGGGUCAAUGAUAUUUUGUAUAAUGACAUUGAGAAGGAAAGGGUUAUCUACAAAGAUUUUGUUGAAAAGCAAUCAGCAAAAGCUAGUGAUGGAGUAAUCAUAUUACCAAAUACUAAAUGGGAUGGGGUUAAUGUCGACUCAUUGUACUUGGUUGCUAUUGUUUAUAGAAACGAUUUGAGAACCGUUAGAGAUUUAAAACAAUCCGACAGGGAAUGGUUAAUAAACUUAGACAGAAAGAUAAGGUCAGUUGUUCCGGCAAACUACAAUUAUGCAGUCCAUUCUGAUGAGUUAAGGCUUUUUGUUCAUUAUCAGCCCUCGUACUACUACUUCCAUGUCCAUAUAGUCAAUAUCAAACAUCCAGGUUUAGAGGAUAAUAUUACUGCAGGCCGUGCCAUCUUGCUAGAUGAUGUGAUCGAUUCACUGAAAUUCCUAGGGCCCGAGGGUUACUUGAAGAAGACGAUUUCGUACAGCAUUGGAGAAAAUCAUGAAUUGUGGUCUAAAGGAUUUAAACAAGAAGUUGACAAGCAAUUAGACAUGGAUGGAGUACCUUGUCCACCUCCAGCCGUCAACUUUUAG